UGUUGAGGGGAAACGUCCCUAAACUAACCUAAACCACCUUUAAUCUUCCCUGGAUCUUCACACCAUGAGCGCAAAAAUCUUCAUUCUUCUCCUGGUUUGUCUCCUCAUGGUAGACACUGGGGUAAAGGCUCAUGACGGCAGGAUAAAACUCUGUGGUCGUGAGUUUGUCCGGAUGGUGAUCUCAUCGUGUGGAAGCUCCCGACUGAGGCGCCACGCUCCUGAACUCGAAGAGGCCCACAGGGACAUCUACAGUGACCUCCUCGACCACAUGAGCAGUGACCAGUCUCCCAGCUCAGGCAACUGGGAGGAUCAGCAGCAGCAGCAGCAGCAUCAGCAGCAGGAGUGGACACUCGAACAUGCAGUUUCCACUGACCAGCGUAGGACCCCACUACAGGGAACUGGGGCACCACUACAGGGCACUGGGACCCCACUACAGGGCACUGGGACACCACUAGAGGGCACUGGGGAGCUGGAGGUCCAGCGUGUCCGCCGAGACACUGGCCCAGCAGGGCUGUGCUGUCGGUCAGGCUGCACUAUCAGCGAGCUGGUGCAGUUUUGUUGAGAUCCUAUGAUCUUCAGUAAAGUGGUCUACGUGUUUUAUUUAAUUCAGCUAUUUAAUUUAAGCAUUUAUUGCUAGAUGGAAGAUUAUGAGAUGCUUCUGACUGUUAUCUACUGAAGCUUGAAACCAGCACACCAGACAUCUUGUCACUUAGAUGUAUGCCACUUGGAGGUUUCUGUUCAAAAGAUCACUGUGGUUGGGAAUGGCUUCUUGACUAUACAGUUUGUGGCUUGUUUUUUUUUUCAAACACCUUGCUGUGUUCAUUUCAGGUCAUGGUACAAUAAAGCUUGGAGAGUUAA